CAUGGUCCCCGGGGUUUCUGGUGUUUCCAGGUGUGAUUCGGAGCUGCAGUCGGUGCGUUUUGAAGCGGAGAUGGAGGAGAGCGGCGCCGACGGAGACGGCCCGGGGCUGGAGGUGGUUCUCCCGGAGGAGGGGCGGGAGACGCCCCGCUGUCCGCACGGUCCGACUUUGCUCUUUGCGAAGGUGUGUAAAGGAGGGGAGAGCUCCAGGAGGUUCUUCGCCUGCUCGGCCUGUCGAGACAGAAAAGACUGUAACUUCUUCCAGUGGGAGGAUGAGAAGGUGUCGGAGGCCCGGCUGCAGGCCAGAGAAGCAGAGAACCGAGCCAAGAGGCCCGGGACGGCUCAGCAGGACUCCUGGAGCAGGUUCGUGAAGUUCUGCGGCCUGGGUGCCCACGAGCAGCGCUUCUGUUUGGACUGCCAGCUGCUGCUGCUGCCGGCCGAGGUGGCGUCCCACGCCGCCCACUCCACCCGCCUGGUCGGCGCCGCCCAGCUGCGGCGGCCCAGCCUGCUGCUGCGGCCGCUGGACAACAAGAAGAGCCAGGCCCAGUUCCUGUUCACGGAGCGCAGCGCCCGCUUCCUGCUGGACGCGCUGGCGGCCCGCGGCUUCAGCAGGCUGCUCUGCGUGGGCGCGCCCAGGCUGCAGGAGCUGGCCAAGCUGCGGAGCCAGGAGCAGGACGGGGCCCUGAAGAGCCUGCUGCUGGACAUCGACAGCAGGUACGCCCAGUUCUACCGUCCGGACGAGUUCUGCCACUACAACAUGUUCAACCAUCACUUCUUCGGCGGGGAGGCCUCCAGCGGCGUCCUGAGGGCCUUCCUCGCCGAGUCCGCCGGGGAGAAGGUGGUGAUGGUGGCCGACCCUCCGUUCGGCGGCCUGGUGAAGCCGCUGGCCAGCAGCUUCUCCCGCAUAUCGGAGCUGUGGAGGAAGCUGCAGCCCUCCGACAGCAGCGCCGCUCUCAUACCCAUGGUGUGGAUUUUCCCAUACUUCUUUGAGCCUCGCAUCCUGGAAUGCCUCCCGUCGUUGACCAUGUUGGAUUACCAGGUGGAUUAUGACAACCACCCUCUGUAUAAACACGGCAAGACGGGCAGGAAGCAGUCUCCCGUCAGACUCUUCACCAAUAUUCCUGCUAAAGACGUGGUUCUGCCCAAAGACGAGGGCUACAGAUUCUGCUCGGUGUGUGAGCGAUACGUGUGGUCACUGAACAAACACUGCUCCAAAUGCAACCUGUGCCCGUCCAAGGACGGCCGUGAGUGGAAGCACUGCUCGGCGUGCGAGCGCUGCGUGAAGCCCUCCUGGAGGCACUGCCAGGCCUGUGGGCGCUGCGCCCUGCCCGACCACCCCUGUGGCUCCGCCCACGCCGCCCGGGGCUGCUUCCUCUGCGGCAGCCUGCAGCACAAACGCCGAGCCUGCCCGGCGAGCGCCGCUCGCAGGAAGAACCGGUUCCUGACCGAAGGACAGAGCGUCUCCGGUGAGAACCGAGCCAAGGCCAAGAGGAAGUCCGGAGCGGCUCGCAGGAACAGGAAGUUGUCUCUUCAGCCUGUGGCGUCGGCCGGGAGCUGAAGCGCCGCGCCUCA